CACCUCUAUAAAUGUACAACAGGGACUGUGAUCCCUGACGGAUGUUCUUCUGGAUCUGCCCCGCUUUGGUCCGCUGAGAAGUCGCAGCCAUGGACACCCAACAGAUGCAGAUGGAGCAGAUGGGGCAGUUUAGGAUCACAGUCUGGGAGGAGGAGAACUUCCAGGGCAAACACUGCGAGUUCAUGCAGGAGUGCCGCAACAUCAUGGAAAGGGACUUCCGCAAGAUCCGCUCCAUAAAGGUGGAGAACGGCGUUUUCAUCGGGUACGAGUAUCCUGAGUUCCAGGGUCAGCAGUUCAUCCUGGAGAAAGGAGACUAUCCUCGCUGGGAGGCAUGGAGCGGAAACUCCGGCUACAGAACGGAACACCUGCUCUCAUUCCGACCAAUCAAAUGCGCUAAACACAGUGACAGCAAGGUGACCUUGUAUGAGUGCAAGGACCUCACAGGACGCAAGUUUGAGCUUUGUAAUGACUACCCCUCCCUGCAGGCCAUGGGCUGGUGCAGCAAGGAGGUUGCAUCUAUGAAGGUCAACUCUGGAGCCUGGGUGGCCUACCAGUUCCCUGGUUACCGUGGAUACCAAUACAUCCUUGAGAGGGACAGGCAUGAAGGAGAAUACAGAAACUACAAUGAGUACGGCACCCAAGCCCACAGCCACCAGGUUCAAUCAAUCCGCAGGAUUCAGCAAUAGAUCAAGGCCAAUUAUGUACAUCCUGUGGAAUACCAUGCUAAAAUAUGAAAAUAAAGGCUUUAUUCAAA